ACCCCCCUUACCCCUAUAUGUAAAGUAACCGUGCAGCAACUGUAGAAGAGAAACUGAAACCACAAAAGCGGAGAAAAAUUGAGUCAUCCGAAAGAAAGCGGAAGAAGGAAGCUUCGAUCGACAAAGAUCGAAGAGAAGGAGAGAGAAACAGAGAAAAACACCAUAACCAUAACCACCACAACCAGAAGAAGAGUAAGAAAAUGGCGACGAAGCAACAAGUUAGGGCAUCGCACAUACUCAUAAAGCAUCAAGGUUCUCGCAGAAAGGCUUCAUGGAAGGAUCCAGAAGGUCGCGUUAUCAUGAACACUACCAAAGAAUCUGCUAUCUCUCAGCUCCAAUCUAUUCGCGACGAUAUUCUUUCUCACAAAGCCAAUUUUGACGAUGUCGCAUCUCGCAUCUCUGAUUGUAGCUCCGCCAAGCGCGGCGGCGAUCUAGGUUCAUUUGGCCCAGGUCAGAUGCAGAAGCCCUUUGAAGAAGCAACAUUCGCACUAGAAGUUGGUGAGAUAAGUGGAAUUGUGGAGACUGAUAGUGGAGUUCACAUCAUCAAGAGAACGGGCUGAGUCACCUGAGCGACAUAGGCUCACCUGCAAAAAAAGAAAUCUAGGUUCCUGUUGCCUCUGAUUGUUCAAGUUGAAAUGACAUAUUUUUUAAGAGCCAAGUGCUGAAAUGUUACUGUGCUGUUUUAAAGUACUAAACUUGCUAGAUAACAACAGGCUACUGUGUUCAGACAAAUUCCGGAUGAGAUUCAAAUCUGGACAAUGUUGCUUGAGUCGUUCUUUGUGGACUGAGUUUUGUAUCAUCUUUCUCCAUAUAUUGAUACUCAGGGACUAUCAGAAUUCAGAAGUUGCUUACAUUUGCCUAUUAUUCUGUCAUCUAGAUAUGCAUUUGCUUGAUUUACUUUUUCACAAA